AGACUUUUACAUCAUGACAUCAGGACAAGCAGAGUGGAUUCAAGUUCAAGGAAUCAUCCAUACGUUCUCACUAAAUACGUGAUCUUUCACAAUCACAGGGAAGACCUCAUCAAGGGUGGAAGGAUUCUGGGCUUGCUCGCACUAACCAUGCCUCCUGGAAUUUUAUAGAAAGUGAAAGAACAAAAGUUAUCGAAAAGUGAAUUGUGUGAGAUCCAGCAGAAAUAAAAUACGCAAUUCGUGUGCGUGCGAGGGGAGAACGGAAGUUGCAUAAGGCGGAGGUGAAGAAGAUCUCUAGUUCGCCACCACCACAACGCAUUUCUUCGUUUCAUACUGCAUCAAAUGCGGAAGUAGUCGUAUUUUUCAGAAUGGACGUUUUCGAAAUAAACACUGUGCUAAGUAAAAGUAAACUCGAAGUUGCUGCUGUAAUCAAAGCAAAAUGCAUCCAUUCGGAACAGCAGCAUCUGAAGUUGCUCUUGGAUCACCUUUUGUCCCCUUCGAAUAACUCAAUUGACGACGAGGAAGUGCUUGAGUGGUUAUCGUGGCUCGUUGCUGGAGGGUCAACCCCGGAAGAAUUCUCGUCCACGGUCCGUCUCUACGAUAAGGCCACUACUUGCGGGUUGGUGUGGUCAGAGAAUUUUGUCGCUUACCGAUGUCGCACAUGCGGCAUUUCCCCCUGCAUGUCACUCUGUACAGAUUGCUUUCACCACGGAAAUCACGAUGGUCAUGAUUUCAUCAUUUUUCGAAGUGAAACUGGUGGGGCAUGCGAUUGUGGGGAGAUCAACAUUAUAAAAGAAUCCGGUUGUUGCUCCUUUCAUGGACCACAUGGAUCUCAUGCCCAUCAAAGUCUAUCCGCCUCACCAACGACACCACGGUCAAGAUCGGACACUUCAACGUCGUCAAAUAAUGAACAAUCCGCACCGGCAGAUCUUUUAUGUGUUGCCACCGGAAUGAUGCCUCGCUUGUUUAACAGAUUAAUCAUAAGCAUGCGAGACGAGCACCAGAGGCGGAUAGAUCAACCCUUAAAGCUCAGGCCUAUCACAACUUGUAAGCACAACGUCGACAACAACAAUGAUCUGCAUUCCAGCUUACUGACGCAGGGGCAUAAAUUCAUAAAAAUGCUGCAAGGAUUUGCCGACAUGGGUGUGGCAAUGCGACAGGUUUUGAUACGCAGUCUCACCAAGUCUCACGCCUACACCAGCCUUGUCCUUCCUCUUCAACCCCCAAACAACCGCACCCAAGAUGGGAUGGGACUACAAUUUAAUAACUUCCUGGAGGAGCUUGUGUACUGGACAGUGAUCUUUGAGUUUCCAGAAGAUUUAAUCUGUUUACUUCUUAGCAUGAGAUCGGAUUUUGGAUACAAGGAGGACUUCACAAGAGCAUUUAUUCUGCAGUAUUCUACAAUCUCAGAGACAAUACUACGAUCAGGAGAUCCCGAAAAAUUGUGCAAACACGUUGCUGCCGUUUCCGUCCAACUAUUUUCUAUAGAGCAACUAGCUAUCCAAAUGGUGGAAACUAUGAAUCUUUUGCCCCUUCUGGUGAACACGCUGCAUGAGAUGAUAAAUCAAACCGUCUCAACCGUCCCACACAAGCACACCAAGAUGAAAAAAAUUAUAGUAGAUUGUGAUCAUGACAUCAUGAAAAACAACUACUACUGGCCCAUAAAAUCCGACCUGAAGGAAUUGUUAUCCCAUCAACCUGUAGCUUCCAAAUUCUUCCAAGAUGAAAAUUUAAUUAAAACUUGGUUCCAAUUUCUUUCUCAUUUUCAAGGAAUGAAUCUAGCCAAAUUUAUUAAGAAAGGCAUGCCACACGUAGAGCAAGAAACUGAAACACACAUUGGAGCUUUUACCGCAGAGUUGGAAAUCAGUGCUACUCCAAUGUGGACUCUAUUGUCCCAUUUGAAGGACGCAUCUACUGCAAACUUUACAAAAAGGAUUGUGUACCAUUGUUUACACAAUUUGUUAAUGUGGUCAGAUUUUGGGUCAGUGAAUCGUGGCGAAGUUUCCUUUCACCUUCCGCUUCAUCGCAACCUGGCCAUGUUCAUUCGCCAAGGUUUGUUGUAUCAAGGAAUUCCUCUUGAGGAGCUGCUACCUUCCGCACAACAACAACAACUCGCUACAAUUGCACAACAAAUAGUUCGACUACAGUCAAUAUUUUACCAAAUUCUUGGCCGAUUGUGGUCCAGAAAUGGGACCGAGAUAUUAAACCAGGCAGAGUCCUACGUCAAUAGUUUAUGUUGCAACUCGAUGAUCGACGCUGACAUUUUCCUUCUACAAGCCAUUGCUGGCAGUAUUCCAAAAAACAAGUUUAUAUCCCUGAUUUUAGACGAAUUUCAAGUUUAUAGCAAUUUGGAACAUUCUUCCAUCGAUCCUGAAGAGCAAAAUAUAAUGAUAGAAAGUUGUCUUCUAUUCUGCGCUACAUUAACAUCAUCCCGAAUCAACCUUGGGAUGUCUGAUGAAAACUUGAUGGCCGUGGAGAUGUCAACGCUACUCUGUAAAGGUGACAAGUUACACAGUGAACUGAUGGAACUGCUCCCUGAGAGAUGUGGGUCGGAUUCUCAACUCAAAAACUUUGAGAAAGUGUUAGCUCAAGUUGCAGAUUUUCAAGCUCCUCACCAUUUCCACCAAGGUAAAUACGUCCCAAAAGCGACAGUUUGGGAGAAUUUGUAUGACCCUAUUCACACACUGAUGAGGUCCAGCAAUCGAUCAGAGUUUCAAGUCUCUCUCGAUCGGUAUCAGGAAUUUGUAAAGAGGUCAAACUUGAUCUCAUCGACAGAAAAUCUUUGGCCCCCAUUUCGAAUCAAUCAGUCAAUUCCACUGGACGAUCCAGGACCCAUCCCAGAUCCCCAAUCACUCCUGACGUCAAAUCUUCUUCUGGAAGUGUUAUUUGUAAUUUUAUUCAGAGCUGUGCAUAUGGGAAAUGUGCCAAACUUCACAAUUGCACUGUCUCUGUAUUUAAUAGAAAUGGCCAUUUCUUCUGUACAGAACAACAGCAUGAUGCUAAUUACAGAUGAUGAUGAUGAUGAGCAAGAACUCAAUAUAAAUCAGACCCCUUCCAAAUUGUCAAUUUAUCCAGGCACAGACUUUGUAUCCAACCUGACAAAGAAAGUCAACUUGUCGGUUUGGUUGAACAAGACGUACAUCAACAAGUCGGUUCCAGAGGAAAGCAUCAUUUCACUUCUUCUUCAACUUUACGUGCAACUCCAAGAAAACUCUGCAAAUUACACAAUGACGGCUGAAACUAUUACCAGUAGUGGAGCAAACCGUAUCGGCGAUGGAGCAUACUUUGUGGCAAAUUUACUCAACAAACUUGCAUCAGAAUUCCCUUCAGUCCAUUCCCUGCUUGUGUCGAAAACGGCGGUGCAGGACACAAGUGGGGAGCAGAGGGAGGAACGGGAGAGGGAGGAGCGGCGGAAGAGAGCCAAAGAGAGGAAACUCCAACUAAUGACAGAACUCGCUAUGAAACGUCAACAGUUUAUGAAAAUGAAUGAAGAUGCAAAUUCAUCAUCAAGUGAACAUUUCUCGUCGUCUUCUAGUUCACUUGGAGAAAAUAACGGUGCUGCUGGAGAGUGCGAAUUCGAAUGUGUGAUUUGUAUGGAGAAGGGUGGAAGCAAGUUUGAAAAUCCAUACGGACUCAUCACCUACUUGAUGCCAACGUCAGUGCUGUCUCACAGAAAGUCACAUGACCCCUACGGCCCAGUUGGAAUAUCAAUAGAACCAUUUGGGACUUAUUGGUCCUCCAAUGUCUACCAACUAUUUGGGAAGCACUUUGACGAAGGCUCGAUUCGAUUAUCCUUGCCACUUCAUGGCGGAAUUGGAGUUAGCAUACAAAGUUGUGGUCACUACUUGCACACCGACUGCUUCAACUCGUACAUGAACUCACUCAAUAAGUCAAAGUCUUGCCCGAAUCAGAGAGAUAACGUUGUGCAGCUGAAUCACAGAAAGUUCUUUUGUCCCCUUUGUCGCCAACUGGGAAACUCAUUUUUGCCCAUCAUAAAAGAUGCAUUGGGAUUAAGCUUGUCGUCGCCCGAAUCUUCCGAAGAAUCUGAUGAAAAUGAGCUGGUUCGCGUUCUCAGAAAACGGACGACCCUGGUCCUUUCACCAAAACAGAAACUGGGAGUAGAAAAGUUUUUGGAUGAUGUUCAAAAAAUUGUGACUUUUACUAAAAUAUAUGAAGUUGAUUCUACCAGUAAUAGCUGUUCAAAUAAUAUUGCGUCUUCUUCACUGGUUACCGCAACCACGGCUCAAGCGCUGAGCCUUGUAUUCCUAAACGCUUUGGAACUUGAGUCUCUAAAAUGCAAAAAUAUUCCAAACUUGCACAGAUCUUACAUCCUUCCGCUGUACUCGGUGCUACGAUACUCAUACAAAUCAUUGCCUAUGGGACACAGUAAAAGGAUUUCUCAGGUUUGGGAAGCUAUUGUUGCAAAUACUGCUAGGCCAACAAGCCCAUCAACUAGUAUUGCAAAGGCACCACAGCGUGAGGUUCCAUUGCUAUUGAGGGACUUGAACGUGGUUCUGGUACACUUGAUGCUACAGCUGCCUUAUGGAACAGAGAAAAAGUACCUCAAGUUAAUAACUCGAAGAUUAUUAAUGCUGAAAUUAGCCCAAAUUCUGACCGGACUAUGUGUUCACUUAGAUCAUGAAGAUUUGAUUUCAUUAAAAAGUUCAAUUAUUCACCUCACAACAGCAGCACAGCCAAUGAUUCACAUAAUCAUGGAAUAUCUUUCGAAAUCGUCGUCUGCAUCAAUAUCUCCAUUUGAGAUUGGGCAAGAAAUGAACGAACUUUCUCCAAGUGUAAUUUCUAGUCUUUUACGAAAUCCGCAAGAGCUGGAUAAUUUUAUAACAAAUCGAAUGAGACCUUUUGUGAAGAAAGUGCUGGACUGGGCUUCAAUAGUGUCACGAAAUCCCAUCACAUUUAUGAAUGAAGAAUCACACGGACCAUUUCAUAAUAAUGAUGAUGAUGAUUUGCACACGUCGCUGGACUACUUUGGACUAAUUGCACAUACUCCAUUUAACACAAGCUUGUCGGCGUGGUUAGGAGAACUACUGCCACACCGAGGUGUUAACAACAACCGGCUUUCUGACCUAUUCAUGACUCAGCUCAUCUCCUGGGAAGAGCCUGCCUUAAAGGAAAUUCCAACAGAAUAUGACAAGAUAUUUCAGAGCUAUCGGAAACUCAAUUGCAACAAUUGUAACUCCAUCCCUAGUGAGCCAGCCCUAUGUCUCCUCUGUGGAACAAUUGUCUGUCUGAAUAGUUUCUGUUGUUUGGACAAACAGUCGAAAGUUUCCGAAGUAAUUCAGCACACAAACGAGUGCGGGAUGGGAAGUGCAGUUUUCCUCUGCAUUCCUUCGUCUGCAAUUUUGGUAGUUGUGGGAAAAGAAGCGUGUGUUUGGGGCUCCGUGUUCUUGGACAGUUUUGGUGAAGAAGAUUUGGACUUGCGGAGAGGCCGACCGCUUUUCCUUUGCAAAGAACGGUUCCAAUUUUUGCAAUCACAGUGGAAAACUCAUUCAUUUCACAAAUAUGAACUAAAAUGGUUUGCCCAUGAUAACAUGUUGUAAUUUACAGGGAAUGGAGUAAAUUAACAGUGAAUGUAACUUUAGUAUUCAACAAAUGUUUAGUUUGCAUACACUUAUUUAAAGUGAGCAAAUUAACCGUUUCAAUUUUAUAGUGAGAAUGAAAGUUGAUGAUGUGAGCUUUCAUUACAAUUAUACAAUCAUAUAGUCUUCGUUUUAUUGGAAAUAUAUUUAUCAAUAAGGACAGGCAUAAAUUAAAACAGGCACGUUCACAGACAAAAGUGAAAGUAAUAAUUAUUGUAUAUAACAUAUUUAAUAAACGCUAUUUAUAACAAUACAGAUGGAUUUCAGAAGCGAUGUAACAUACCGUCGUACGUGUAGAGCAAAGAAAAAAGCUAAUCAUUCCAUUUACUUGCAUUAAUAAUAUUAUAUAUUUGAUGAAAUAUCUGCUAAUAAAAUUUACAAUACAUAUUGCGAAACA